AUGGAGCUGCUUGCGCAUGCUUCAGCUCCCAGCUCUCGAAAGGAUGACGAGAGAUUCAAGCGUCAGGCAAAUGCCUAUUUGUCUUUUGAGCCUUCUAGCAUAGUACCCAUUCACAAGAGCCAAACCGAUUCUGAAACAAGAAUACCUGCAGCUGUACCUUCCUCGGUCUCAGUGGACCAUGAAGAACCUCCAGUUUUUCUGAGCAAUACCCAAGACGCAUGGACGGCCUUGGACUCUCAGCUAUUUGCACCAUCACAACAACCAGAUGAUCAAAGCAUUCAGGAGAGUGAUUUGGAUCAAAGCAUCGACGAUUCUGUCCUUCCAUUACCUAUCGAUUCAUCCUUACCACCUCGAGUUUCCCUUACUCUGCCACCAGACGACUCCACUCUGCUGGUCACAUCGGCUACGCAGGCCACAAACCCGCCGUCACAUCGGUCUCUUGGGAGGACAGGCUCUCGACGACGGGUUCAAUAUGUACCGACCCCAUCGAGGAACUUGCAGUCUGACGAACAAGAAUCACCAAGCUAUCUUGAUGGGCUCUCCACUGUGUAUUCUGCCGAAACGCCUGUGCGGCGAGUGUCGACACUGCGAACCUCAAAUUUGCCUUUACCCCAGGACGACUUCUCAUCACCGAGCGAUGACAUUCCAUCGCAACUGCCGAGCACGUACUCAAUCAGCGACAUCAAUUCUGAUCCCAUACGCAGUGAUCAGGACGACGCGCCAACAAGUUCUGCUUGGGGGAGUUUGCCUAGAGGCAGUGCGCCUCAACCGUGGAAUGGCAUCAUCUAUGAGGAGUCGCCGCUGAAGGGGGUCAGAUCAUCAGGAAAACGACGCGCCAUAGGGUCAUCGCCUUUGAAGCAGACGCAGUCUACCGAGUCUCCAAGAGCAAACAUGUCUGCCCACGUCAAGUCAACUCAAUCUGGGACACCACUAGGACAAAGCGAAACUUCUUCCGCUUCUCUGAACCGCAUGGUGAUUUCUAAGCAGCAACAGCAGCAGUUAGAGCUCGCAAGGCGUUCUUUCACCUCUGAUCUCGAGCUUCGAGGCCCUUCGAGCUCUCAAGCUCGAGAGAGAAUUCCCGGUAAUGGUUUUGGUGGCGUCGCUUUGGGCUUUAGAAGGCAUGAAGAUACCAUAUCUGAAGUCACACGAUCGUCUUUCGAGUCACGCUUCUCCUCUGAACCGCAGGCACACGGAACUCAGCCAGGCGGAGUUGAUGAUUCUACUGACUCACCAAUGCUGAGACGGCAAGAUUUGAAUCAAGUACUGCCAACAUCCUUCGAAAGUAGAUUCUCCUCGAGUCCAGAAGCUCAGGGAACACCUUCUGUUGGCGCGGGCGACAUGGCAGUCCCUCCUCCAUCACGACCAGAUCUUCUCAACCAGCUUCCGCCAACGUCCUUCGAAUCACGAUUCUCGUCCAGUCCAGAUGCUCAUGGCACGCCUUUCGUCCAGAGUACAAACUCCAGAGAGAAGCCCGCUGAAGCGUCAUCCUCACCAAGCUCAAAGAUAGACUUGUUCCAACCAAGACCGAAUCAUCUUCCGAUCAAGGCGAUGCUUGCUUCGUCCUCCGCUGUAGAGAGCGGUGUACUGAAGAGUGCUGCAGCUCUGUCAAAGCCUGGUCAAUGGCUACCCACUUCUUCAGCCUCUGAACCGAGCUCUGCCAUUAUAGAGAGAGCCAUGUCAGAGACUGCGGUUGAUUACAUGACCCCCACGCAUCCGUCCCUCAUCGAAAAGCGUCCUCUCCCCUCAUCGCGGGUCCCAGAAUCGACAAUCGGGGUAAAGAGGCGCAAGUUCGCUUCCUUGUCAACUCCAAAGUCAAAAGCGAACACCCAAGAAAAGGAAAUCUUCAAGUCCCUACCCACGCAGAUACAUCCUCCGCCACCACCUACUGGCUCAGAUACGUUUAUCUCACAUAUCACACCACAGCUGAAAAGUCAAUUUUGGGACAGCGAAGAGCUGCAAGGAAAGUACAAACCUUUCCCCCACCGAGCUCUUCGCCAAAGCGAAAGAGGGUAUUGGCAAUUCGACACUCGUAGCUGGAGUCCAAGAAUUCAGAUCAAGUUUUGGGUCUUCUUGCAAUCGAACAUUGGGAGCGGAGUCAGUGGAUGGGGAAUCUGGUGUUUGCGUGAGAACGAUGCGACCGGGAACGAAGGCGAGGAGGAUGGAGACAAAGAGCACGAGUUGGGCAUAGUCAAGGUCUUUUGCUGGGGAGAGGUCGUGGGACAUGUUUGGUUGCUUUGCUAUGUUGCUAGUCAAGCUAGACUGAAGCGAGUGGAGAGUCAGUGGGUCGAUGCCGAUGGAGCGGUUGUGGUCAGGAUCUAA